UAUUCGGCACUGAACGUACCAAUUUAUUAACAGCUGUUUUUCUCAUUUCUAGGCUAAUCGGUUUUAUCCCUUUCAGUAAUUUUCUGCUAGAAAUGUCCUUAUUGAGUGUGUUUAAUAGAGGGUUCCUCGGAACAAUUGACGUAUUGCAUGGAAUAAUAAGUCGUGAGGCACAUGUGUUCAACAGGGCAAUCCUUAAAAGCAAAGUUCGAUGCCACUUUCCAAAGCCUCGGGAAGUAAAACGUAUCAAUGUUCACGGAUGGGAAACGCGUAUGUCAACUCCGGAAGGGCGACGUGUGCUAAUGCGCCGGAUACUUAAGGGAAGACAUGUACUAUCGCAUUAAUAACUCGAUUUAUUGGAAUUUUAAGUUUAGUACCAUGAAAUAAAAAAUAAAAAUAGAAUUUUGCAGAUUA